CAACGUUGCCUGGCUUGGUUCAGGGAGCGUUUGCCUCGGCUGGGUGGACUCGAGGCCGGUUCGACAAGAUCUGGGUCAAGCUGGGGAGGCGAGAUGGGCGGUGGCAUUGAAAAGAUGCCAGAUGGUGAUUUGCAGGAAAAGCCGGUCUAGCAGGGUUCUCUCCUCGAUGCGGGUUGUUAUUUUUGGCGACUCUUAUACGGAGUGGACGACGAGCCGCCCCUUUUGGGGCCCGUUCUCGCGAUGGCAAUUGAGGCUGUACCUUUUCUUAGUGCGUUGUCUUCUCUUCUCUGUUUUUUUCUUUCCCUUCUCUUCGUACCUGGAAGCUCCACUCCUUCCCCUGUGUGGCCCCUCCAUGCUUCAUGGGUGCAACCAGCAACGGAGCCAAGCAGCAAGAGUUGGACACCAGGGGACCCGAGCUUGGGAAUUCUUGUCGCUUGGUGUCACAUUGCCGACGAUCCCCGCUGGAUUCUUUCUAGCGCUUGACAACCAAGGGGUGUCCGCACCCAGAUGAUUGGGGACCGGGGCACGUCGGGGCCAGGUAAUACGAAAAGAAGGGGUCGAAAAAGCGAUGAUGUCGGUAGCCGUCCACACCAAUGUCCAAUGCCCGAGGAUACCUAAGGGGAUGUCUUUGAGGCAACACCCAAGAAAGAAUCGAACCGACAAAUCGGGUAGACGGACCGUAUCGCGGACGUUGGACAACUGGCGACUUGUCAUGUUUGGUUCUCGUGUACUGCCAAUGUGCUGCUUUCCACAUUACG